GUUUGUUUACAUUUGAGUUGCUGGAGGUUGCGCCGUUGCGGGAACUUUACGCGGGCAAUUUAGUGAGCGAGCGAGGAACCAUGCCUUGUCCAACUGCGUUCGACCCUGAAUUGCUUACAGAUUUACUUCCAUUUUAUUACAAUCGCUUAUUCCCUUAUGAACAAUAUUACCGAUGGCUGAGUUAUGGAGGUGUUCCAAAGACCUACUUCCCAUAUCGAGAGUUCUCCUUCACUCUGGCAGAUGACAUUUAUAUUCGAUACCAGUCUUUCAAGGAUCAAGAGGAAAUGGAAAAGGAAAUUAAAAAACAGAAGCCUCACAAGAUUGACAUUGGAGCAGUUUAUAAUUUCAGGCCAAAAGAUCACCGAACUGUAUCAGUUUUCGCACCAAAGGAGAAGGAAUUAGUGUUUGAUAUUGAUAUGACAGAUUAUGAUGAGGUUCGGACAUGUUGUGAAGGUGCUGAAAUCUGCAACAAGUGUUGGAAGUUCAUGACUGUUGCUGUUAAAAUUUUAGAUACUGCCUUGAGAGAGGACUUUGGCUAUCAGCACCUUCUUUGGGUAUACUCUGGAAGACGUGGCGUUCACUGUUGGGUUUGUGAUGCCAAGGCAAGAGCUCUUUCACAGUCGUCCAGAUCUGCUGUUGCGGAGUACCUGCAGCUGAUCAGAGGAGGAGAAAGUGUGUCAAAAAAGGUUUCCUUGCAGUCAAAGUUACACCCAUCAGUCCAGAGAGCAUUCAAAAUUGCGAGUCAAUACUUUGAAGACAUUAUUCUAGAAGACCAAGAUUUCCUGAGCACUCCAGAGUUAUGGGGCAAGAUUUUGGCCUUAAUCCCAGACACUGAAAUAAGAGAAGCUUUGAACAGGACUAUGCCGCAGUGUGUCAAUUCAAGACAGAGGUGGAACACCAUUCAGGCUGAAAUCAAUAGACAAGUUAAUAAGGGUGAUUCCAAGAAGACAAUCAAGCCAAACCUGGUUGCUGAAAUCAUACUGCAGCUUGUGUAUCCUCGACUUGAUAUCCAUGUCACAAAGGGCCUAAACCACUUGCUCAAGUCUCCUUUCUGUGUCCACCCUAAGACUGGACGAGUUUGUGUAUGUUUUGAUCCUCUCAAAGCAGAUGACUUUAACCCAUUGGAUGUACCACAUUUAGGUCAACUUGAGAAAGAAGUCAGCGAGUAUGAUGCCAAGCAUAAUGAUACAGAGCGAAGUGCUGUAGCAGAGUACAAAAAGACUUCAAUGAAACAGUCUAUGGCAGUGUUUGAAUCUUUCCUUAAUCGACUGGGAUCAGAAAAUGCAACCAGAAGGCUAGAGGAGAAGGAUAUGGAGAAGACUUUCUGAAAAGCCUUCAGUCUGAUGUGGAUCUAGAAGCCUCCUUUUGAUGAUGGACCAGUUAUUACCCUAAAAGUUUGAAUGAUUCAUUUUAACAUUGUCAGUCUUGUGUGUGUAUAUGUAUAUAUUACACAUAUGCAGAAGACUUUCUGAAAUGCCUUCAGUGUGAUGUGGAUCUAGAAGUCUCCUUUUGAUUAUGGAUCUGGUAUUACCUUAAUUGUUUGAAUUAUGCAUUUUUACAUCUCGGUCUUAAUGUGUUUGGGAGCCCUAACAUUGUUUAUUUUUCUCAGAUGGUGCUUUUGGAACAGAUAUACAUUUUGAAUAAUGUUAGAAUAAGGGAUAUAGGGGAAAAAAAUAAUUCUAUUCAAGGGUGAUAAGUAUUUUGUCAGACCUGAAUAUUGUCUAAUGCUUGAAUUGGCAGGUCAGUGAUCUGAAAUGUAUAUGGAGGACUUAUUACCAGCAUAAUUUUAUGCGACAUUCAUGUUUACUGAACCUAGCCUUGGCUGUUGUUGAGGAAUAUUUCAAACAUUGUAGAUGGUGUCAUUGCUCUGUGAGUGUGAUAAACCUCCUUUACUUAUUGUAAAGAAUAGUUUUACUUCCACUGUUUAAAGUUUUUCAUCUUUGGGUAAUUCAUUGUACAUGAUAGAAGUGACAGCAAUAUUACUCCAUCUUUGGGUAAAUUCAUUGUACAUGAUAGAAGUGACAGCAAUAUUGCAGAAUGAAAUAUCUUGAGUCAGGAAUUUUAUUUUAAAUAUGAACUUUCAUAUCAUUCAGAAUUGAAAUAGAAAGAAAAUAUUAAUACUUUUGACUUAUAAGUCAGUAUCGUAACUUUCAUGACCACCUCCCUUCUUUUUGUCACAAAAUCCCAAACAAUAGCAUAACUUUCACCACAUUCUCCCCAUCUUUUUGUCAUAAGUCACAUUUAGUAGUUGUCCAGGUGCUCAUGGCUUUGAAGGCAUGUUGCAACAACUUUAGCCAGUUGAGGUGUAGGAGCUUUGCUGCAGGUACUCUCAUUGGCAUACAAUGGGUUUGUCUUAUUGUUGAACACUGUCACAGUCUUUCUCAACAGCACUCAUUUCCAAUGUUGCAGCUGCGAAGGGAGUACUUGUCCAUUGAUGCCUUUUAUGGGAAUGUGAAGAAACAUUUAUAUGGUGUUUGGUUAGUUGCCACACACAUCAGGUACCUAGGAAUAUGUAGUUCCCAGCCUUCAACAGGAAAACUUAGGGAAUGUAGUGCCAAAGAGAACUGUUGUAUUAUUCCACCUGUGUUAGUACAUGGAUUACACACUGAUGAGUAGCUGGUUGAUAUUCCACACUUGCAGAAACUAAAGGUGUGCAUUGUAAAGUACCAGUCCCCGGCCUUCAACAGAAAAACUUCGGGAAUGUAGUGCUGGGCAGAUAUUGGUUGGUGUGCAGAUUGUAUGCAGUGAGGAUGAGUGGUUGGUUGAUACUCCACGUACAUGUAAAAACUGAUGGUUCUUGACAGAUGUGGAGGCUGCAACACAGUCUGAGUAGUUUUACUUUGGCACCCAUGAGAUACAGAAAAUAGAAAACAUGUGCUCAACAGUUGCAUCAGAGGUCAUGUCAUGUCUUCCACAUGGAAGGAAAGCAUAAACCAACUAUAUACUCAUCUACCACAGAGUGGAUGCUUUAUCUAGUUUGAAGUGGGCCUUUGCAGCCAAUUGUGUCUUUGUAAAGGGCAAGUAGCUUUAAUUAAUGUUCCAGUCUUCUUAUUAAAUUGCAGCUUAACUUCAGCAUCGUAGACUUUUGGUCGGGUGUUAUACAUCUAUUGAGAAAGUGGGAGG